GAGGUGGGAGGAGGAGGAGAGGAAGAAACCCUACGGGACUGAUAGGUGGAGAUUAAGCUUGUUGUGUCAUUGUGGCCCUUCCUUUCACAACAGUUGCAAGCAGGAGCUUUUCCGUCCGACAACAAAAACGACAACGACAGCCGAGAUGAAAGUUUUCCUGAGACCGAAGUAUCGCGGAUAACUAUCUCUUGCGAAAGUUAGCGUUGGUCUUCGCUGAACGUCGCGGCGGCGGUGGAAAAAUUUUCUACAAAACGGAUCUGCAGAUGGGUCAGGGUCUGUGGAGGGUGGUGAGAAACCAGCAGUUGCAGCAGGAGUACAGCGAACAGUGCUACCUGACGCGGGAGCGCAGUCGCAGGAUGGCGGCCGCUGCCUCCACCGUCGACCCCCUGAGCCACCGGCGCCACUGCCAGAGUACCGAUAUCUACCAGCUGCUCCGUGCGCGGAAAGGCAAGGAGGAGCGCGGCUUCAUCGACCUGGAGAUGCUGCCGCCAGAGCUCAGCAUCACCAUCCUGUCCUAUCUGAAUGCCACUGACCUGUGCCUGGCCUCCUGUGUGUGGCAGGGCCUGGGCAACGACGAGUACCUCUGGCAGGGACUCUGUAAAUCCACUUGGGGUCACUGCUCCAUAUACAACAGAAGGCUUCCGCCGGACUUCUCCUACAGGAGGCUCUACAUGCAGCUCGAUGAAGGAAGCCUCACAUUCAACGCCAACCCCCAGGAGGGGAUGGAGUACUUCCUGUCUAAAGGCAUCCUAAGCGACCAUGCAGCAGAAGUGGCCAAGUUCAUCUUCUACACAAGAACACUCAACUGGAAGAUGCUGAGGAUUUACCUAGAUGAGAGGAGGGAUGUGCUGGACGAGCUGGUCACCCUGCACAACUUCAGCAACCAGUUCCUACCCAACGCGCUGCGCGACUUCUUCCGGCACAUCCACGCCCCUGAGGAGCGCGGCGAGUACCUGGAGACCCUCAUCACCAAGUUCUCGCACCGUUUCUGCACCUGCAACCCCGCACUGAUGCGGGAGCUGGGCCUCAGCCCCGACGCCGUCUACGUCCUGUGCUACUCGCUGAUCCUGCUCUCCAUCGACCUGUCCAGCCCGCACGUGAAGAACAAGAUGUCCAAGCGCGAGUUCAUCCGCAACACGCGGCGCGCCGCCCAGAGCGUCAGCGACGACUUCGUGGGACACCUCUACGACAACAUCUAUCUCAUCGGCCACGUGGCGGCCUAGCUACGCGCUAACGCUAGCACCGCUCACGCUAUAUACAUAUAUCUGGUUUUCUUUAACUUUCUUGUGCACUGAGAGCAGGACGCCGUACGUCACGUGGCGUGUGAAACGCCCCGCCCACCUGUGCUUCUGUCCUGAGCUCCGCACCCGCGAGGCGUUACUUACACUACAAAAGCUACUUUGGGCAACAUUUUUGCUCUCUCUUGACGGGAUUAACAGACAAAAAAAACGUAAGCACAGUAUGUGUCGGAAAUGGCCUCUUCCGAAGAUGAGCUUCGCACGGCCUAGGCUUUGGGGGGCACUCCCUACAUCUUCUUACAUAUGUGUCUGUCAUCAUUAACAAGUGGUUUAUCCUUAACUAACUAAAUUCGUUGUUUACAUCCAUUAAUAUUUGUUAAAAAAAUGAAUGUUUAGGGUCUCUCUCUUAGCAUGCUGGGAUUUCACUGCUAAUUGUGCUUCAAAAAACAAGAUCGCUCAGGAACCACAGAAUGUGGUUUAAACGGAUGAAGUUUUAGGUUAGUCUAGGUUACCAUCACUCAGCGCUGACAUCUAAUGAAGAAUGUUCCAGACAGGACACACACCAGCCUCGUCUGCUUCCAUCUUGUUACCGUUAUAAAUCUUGUACUCGACCUUGCACCCCCCCCCCCCCCCCCCAUUUUGUCACUGUGCUCCGCCCUAAAGGUCGUCCCAUCGGCGUGCGGACGCCAGCCCCCUCUCCACAGCUGCCGUGUCCUUGCUCACCUCACCUGGAAACGUCCCGGCACAGUCCUCGUGCUGAAUUUACCGCGAUUUUGAAAAGCGGGUUAGCGAUUAGCCGGUCUCUACAUGGAACUUGCGGCGGGAGGGGUGGGGGGGUAAGCGAAGAGGUAAGCGCCUGCGUUCCUGCGACUCCGCGCAUCUGACACCCGUCCAAGCCAUCGCCGUGGAGAUCUUGCUCCAUCGCCGUGGAGAUCUUGCUCCGUUGCCGUGGAGAUCUUACACUGUUGCCGGUGUGCUGCGCAUCAAAGUGCCAAUAGAGCAGAAACUGACAUGAAAAGCGGGUGUCCUGUUUGAGAAGUUUCCUUUGCAAUGAAUUAAAAACCCUGACUAUUUUGUUUGCACAUUAUGUAUAUAUUUAAGCAUAGAGAUUUAUGAACAUAAUUUUAUUUUGAAGUAUUUUAACAAGAGAUUUAGUUUUCUCAAUGAAUUAAGUUUCUUUUUGCACUUUUGCAACAUUGGUUACCAUAUUUUAGCACUUGCUAAACUGCAUGUUAAUCCUUCCUAACGUUUUAUAUUUGUAUUUACUAUUGAUGCAUUAAAAUAAGAUUAUAAGGAUAGGAUAUGGGGAAGGGGAUACCAUGUUAUCAAAGCAGGAAGAGAGGUUGCCAUGGUGACAGGCAGCACUACAGGAACACGGCCUAUUGGUUGAUCUGAUUUUAUGUUAAAAUCUGCUGUUAUGAACAGGAUCACUUAAUACUGUGAGCCCUUUCUGUCUGAUGUACUUCAUCUUAAUGGGACAGCAAAUAGAGGGGUGCUUUCUGAUUUCUGACACUGGAAUAAAACGCUUUUUAGAUUGUAUGGAAAUUUAUUGCGAUAAAACCAGUCUCCCGUGAAAGAGA